AUAGUGGUUAAUCUAUUAAACAUUAAAAGUAUUGCUAGACAUUGUUCACACAUUAAAUGUUAAGGUUGCUGCUAAACACAAGCAUACAUAGCAGAACUCUAUUGGUAUUGCUUUAAACGGUUAUCUGAAUACCUGCUUUGGCUUAAUUGAAAACGUAUAUUUAUUGGAUAAAUUACACAAAUAAAACACAGUGUGUAAUAACAGAGUAACUGAGAGGUUGUGUAUUUCCUAUUUAUUAUGAAUUGAUAUUUUUAUUUUUUAUUUUGAGGGGCUUAAAAUGAUAACCAUGCCCUGUAAAAUGGAAAGCUUAUUGUUAAACCUGCUUCGUUAAAUGCAGAUAUAUAUUUGAAGGAUUUCGACUUAAUUAUUAAUUUUUCAACACGAGUGCACAAUAGAACUGUAGAGCUUUAAACUUGUGCGUAGUUUUUGACUUGUACUCUAAGUGCCGCUGUUGAUCAACGAGGUGGUGUUCUGCAAGUGCAGAUCCAACAGGACCUCCCAUAUUAUUGCUCAGUAUAAGACAGACAGAAAGAGCAGCUUGCUAUACAGUGCACGGAUUACAACACAUAAACUGCAGACCUAGAAACACUAGAUCUUGGACAAACUGGAUGUAAUAUAUAACAAAAGGAAACCACCAUCUUAUUAAUGACACCGAUACUGGACAUCGUGAGUACGUGGUGAUAUUUUUAUUGGAGUGAUAAGCAUGACGAAUCAAAGGAUUGGACGAGGUAAAAUCUCCUUGGAAAGAAUAGGAUUUGCAAUGAAAUGGCAAGUACGGUUCUUGAUUAUUUGUAUAUUUGCUGCAGAGGUAGUUUAUGGAGAUGUUCGAUAUUCUAUUCCAGAGGAAAUGGUAAAAGGAUCGUUUGUAGGCAAUCUUGCACGAGAUUUGGGUUUAGAUCUUAAAAGAUUAAAAUCUGGCAAAGCUCGUAUCGUUAAUGGAGACUGCAGUCAGUACACAGAGCUACAUGUAGACAAAGGGACAUUGGUGAUUCAUGAAAGAAUAGACAGGGAACGACUAUGUGGGCAGAUAUAUCCUUGCAGUUUCAGCUUUGAGGUAAUUCUAGAAAAUCCCAUUCAGUUAUAUCGUGUAACUGUUGAUAUUUUGGAUGUAAACGAUAAUGCUCCCACAUUUCCCCAAAACGACAUAAGAUUGGAAAUUAGUGAAUCGGCUCCUACUGGGGCUCGUUUCUUACUUGAGAGCGCAGCUGACCCUGAUGUGGGCAGUAACGCACUUCAAAGCUAUACACUAAAACCAACCAAUCAUUUUAUUUUAAAGCAACACUCCCGCCCUGAUGGUAGUAAAUAUGUAGAGAUGAUGUUGCAAACACCACUAGAUAGAGAAAAACAAGAUGUGUUCUCGUUAACUUUAACUGCUGUUGACGGAGGGGAACCACAGCGGUCUGGUAAAGUUCAAAUAAAUAUUAUUGUGCUGGAUGCCAAUGAUAAUGCCCCUGUUUUUAGCCAGGCAGUUUAUAAAGCUACGGUGUUUGAAAAUUCUUUAAAGGGUACUUCAGUGACUACAGUGAGUGCAACAGAUUCGGAUGAAGGACUGAACGCUGAGAUCACCUAUUCGUUUACGCACACCACUGAUAAUGUUGUAGAAAUGUUUGGAGUAGACCCCAAUACUGGUCAAAUUACUGUGGCAGGGCAAAUAGAUUUUGAGAAAGCUAAACAUUUCGAGAUGAACAUACUAGCAAAAGAUCACUUGGGUCUUACAGAUUCCAGUAAAGUUAUAAUUGAAGUUAUUGAUGUCAAUGAUAAUGUCCCUUUAAUAACUCUAACCUCCUUCUCGAGUCCCAUCUCAGAAGACUCAGUAACAGGAACUACAAUAGCUGUUAUUAAUGUCAAAGACCUCGACUCUGGGAAAAACGGAGAAGUUAGUUGUACAAUCAACCAAAACAUUCCUUUUAAAAUAAUGUCUUCUAUUUCAAAAUAUUACACAUUGCUAACUGAUGAUAUUUUAGACAGGGAACAAAUAGCACAAUAUAACAUUACUAUUACUUGUACAGAUAGGGGGUCGCCGCCUCUUUCCAAUAACCAGACAGUAAUGCUUAAAGUUUCUGAUAUUAAUGACAACGCACCGAUUUUCAAUCAGAGAUCAUAUAGUGCGUAUGUGUUAGAAAACAAUUCCCCAGGAUUAUCUAUAUUUUCUGUUGAAGCUAAAGACUCGGACUGGCACCAGAACGCUCGUAUCUCUUACUCACUGGAAGAAACACGGAUUAAUGGAACAGCUGCAUCGUCAUAUAUUUCCAUUAACUCAGACAGUGGAAUACUUUACGCAGUGCGCUCGUUUGAUUAUGAGCAAAUAAGAGAAUUUGAAAUAUACGUUAAAGCUCAGGAUGGAGGUUCUCCACCUCUUAGUAGCAACGUGACUGUAAAGAUUUUUGUGCAAGACCAGAACGACAAUGUACCUCUGAUUCUCUAUCCAGUACCAACUGAAGGCUCUCUGGUGGCUGAAAUGGUGCCUCGUUCAGCUGAUGUUGGCUAUCUUGUAACUAAAGUGGUAGCUGUUGAUGCUGACUCUGGACAGAAUGCGUGGCUCUCAUACAAACUGCACAAAGCUACAGACAGGACACUUUUUGAAGUGGGGCUGCAAAAUGGGGAGAUAAGGACGUUGCGCCAGGUUGUUGACAAAGAUGCUGUGAAACAAAGACUUGUUGUUUUAGUGGAGGACAAUGGUCAGCCCUCUCGUUCAGCUACAGUGAAUGUGAACGUGGCGGUUGCAGAUAGCUUCCCUGAAGUACUUUCAGAGUUCAGUGAAAAUGCGCAGGAUAGGGAUUACAACGACAAUCUGACAUUAUAUUUGGUGGUGUCAUUGGCUGCAGUUUCCUUUCUUUUUAUUGUCUCCAUUAUAAUGCUGUUGUCAGUAAAGUUCUGCAAAUGGAGACAAUCCAGAAUGUUUUAUAAAUCAAACGGAAACCUCCCUGCUGUUCCAUAUUACCCACCCCAGUAUGCAGACGUUGGGGGGACAGGAACACUUCGACAUGUGUACAAUUACGAGGUGUGUUUAACAACUGACUCGGGAAAGAGCGAAUUCAAAUAUAUCAGACCUUGCAGCCAAGGUGUUUCAAGUGCUGAGCCGAGUGCUGCAGAGACCACGCUGCAGGGGCAGAAGGAGAAGAAUCUAAUUGAUGACACAGAACCUUCCAUACAGCAAAAACCAGCAAAUACUGAAUGGCGUUUCUCCCAAGGACAGAGACCAGGACCAAGCGGCUCUCAGCGUCCAGAGGAAGCUGGACCCUGGCCAAACCCCCCGACUGAAGCAGAGCAACUGCAAGCCCUGAUGGCUGCAGCUAAUGAGGUGAGUGCAGCAACAGCAACGCUUGAUGCUGGCACCAUGGGCCUGAGCACCCGGUACAGUCCUCAGUUCACCCUGCAGCACGUCCCAGACUACAGGCAGAAUGUCUACAUCCCAGGAAGCACCUCCACACUGACAGGCACCAACUCUCAGCCAGAGGGCAAGAACCCCCAGCCAUCCUCCGGAAACAAGAAAAAAUCUGGGAAAAAAGAGAAGAAAUAAUGGAGUUCACCGUUGAGCUGGCUGGCUGUGAAUGAGCUCUUCCAGUUCACCCUCUCACAAAGGGAUGCACCCUUUUUUUUUUUUUUUUUUUUUUUUUGCUUUUUUGGGGUUUUUUUUGCUGUUAACCCAGAUUGUUAGCAGCUUAAGUUCUUAUUAGUGACGUUGAACAUGAAUGUGUUUGUCACAAUUUUUGUUUGUAUUGGAGUUCCUAUCGUGUGACCACGUUGUUAUUGAAAUAUAACACAAAAGUUCAAUGUAGAGGUAUAGUUCCUUAAGAUUAAUAAGGUUUAAAAAGAAAAACAAAAAACAAAAAAGUUUAUGGUUUGAAUCCUGUUGGGUUUUGAAGUUUAAUUGUAAAAUACAAAUGAGGACUUCAGGGCUUUGCCCUCUAAUAUAGUACUAGUAUGACUAUUACUCAUUUACAUAAUGUGUCACAUUAAAGUUGUGUAGGACUGUUAACAAUGCUAAGUAGUUGACUAAUGCGGAAGGAUGUAGAAAUGGCUAAUUUCAAUUAAAGUAGUUUUUUUUUUAGACAAGAAUCAGAAUUGUGAAUUUUUGAGUAGCUCUUAGUGAUAAUGUAGACUUUAUUUGCAUGAUGUAUUUCUUAUCUAAAGAAACAAAGGCAAAGUUAAACUAUGCAUUUAAUCUAUACUACACUGUUAGACUGGUAUGCAGUGAACUAAACACACUGUUAGGAAAAGUAAAAGUGCAAGUUACUUUAUAAAUUGUAACAUUAAUGUAUAACCAAAAUAAUCUCAGUUUCAAUGAUACAGUUAGAAAUCCUGUUUUGAAUUGAAAGUCUGUGUGACUUCUAACUUAGCUUCCGCAUUUCCAGGUGCUCCCAAGCUAGGCAGAGUGCAGAUGUGAGUUCUUGUGUUAAAUGUACUAAUCCACUGGGAGUUUAGAUGCCUGCUCAGCACUGCUAAAACAAUGAGGACCUGCCAGCAAGCAUCCUUGAGGAUAUGGCCGUGCUGAACUCGAAUAUGAAGAAAUGUAAGGCUUUGCUUUUCCCACACACUAUAUUGCUUGCAUGAAACUCACAUCACUUUUGUGAUAUUCUGUAAUACUGCUUCGCUUCACGAAAUCUUUGCAUGUUAAAAAUAAACUGCAUGUGAAGGCACUUCAGUAGAGAGGCAAGUAGAAACAGCUUGGUUUCAAUACAUAAUGGGGGGGGGGGGGGGGGUUGUUCUUAAAGUAUUCUUGAAAAUGAAGGAAUCAGGUAAAGAUUUGGUAAUCAGGCACUGCACACUGAAUGUAGAUUAUUUUCACAGGUGAAAGGUUAUUCUUGAUUUAGUGCAGCUACAGAAAAUGUACUAGUGAAGCUCUUGCGGUAUUGAGUACAGCAUCAGUGUUAUCUCUUAGUACAGUCUUCAUGCAUACUGGCUUUGGGGCUGUUAGCUUCUGUUUACAAAAUCAGCAAAUUGGAUAAAGUCACUGAUCACUGACUGUAUAUUUAGAUCUGGCCAAUACAGAAUCGACUCUCAGAACUGUAUAGAAGCUGAGAGGCCAUAUAUAUUUACUACCAACUGGAUAGUGACAAGAUGCUUAUUGAUACUGAGACACUAGUUUCUUUGUUUUUGAUUGUUGAUUUUGACCUGGACAGUGCAUAUAAACUUACUAAUGAUAUUUAUAGGCCCAAUAUGUUUGAUUUGGGGUAAUUGGAUGUUAAUUUCUUUAAAAAAAAAAAAGUAUUAUAAUGUGUUUCUCCUAACACACAUGCCCAGUCUUUGUCCUUUUCUGUGUGUAUAUGACUACACCUGUACGGACCGCUUCAGAGAAAAAGCCCCCCCAUGGUUGUGGCUGCUACUGGAAUGUUUUGCAUAUUAUUAUUAUUACUAUUAUUUAAGUUUAAAUAUGUUGUCAUGUAGCAACUGAUUAAUUAAAAUCACGAAAUUAAAUAAUAAAAAAAAAAGAGUAGAAAGUAGUUUGUGAAAAGUGAUGUGCAAAUCUUAGUGUUUUCUCUAUUUUAUCAACAAGUACUAAAAAAUAAAAAAAAAUAAAAAUGUUAUGUUUGUGUUUCUAUACAUCAGUAACUUUUUAUACGUGUUUGUGAUUUAUAAGUGUUUGUGCUGCUGGAAUGCUCCUGUCUUAUAUAUAAAUAUAUACAUGUGUCUGCUGAUAAAAUUUGCUUAUAUAUUAUUUCUUAUAAAUGCAUAGUUCAGUGCUAUUCUGUGUUACACCCAUAUUUUAUAUGCAGAUAUUUAUAUUGCUGUUUUAUUUUCUCUUUGAACACAGACAUUUCAAAUAAAAAAAACAAACCUUC